CCAAGAAAUAUACUGAAUUGCAAAAAAGGGGGUUGGGGGUUGAAACCAGAGAAAAGAAAAGCAGAAAGAGAAGCAAAACGAGACCCUUUAUUUUGGUUUUGGGUGCUUGUGGCAAAGGCAUGUUUUUUGGUGGUCGUGCAGUGUGUUUUUUGCCAAUAAUAUUGGUACUAUGUUUAACGAGGAACAAUUGUAUGUUGCCGGUUGCUGAAGCUAUAUGGUUAACGAUUCCAAGUUCAGGAACCAAGUGUAUUUCUGAGGAGAUCCAAAGCAACGUUGUUGUUUUAGCUGAUUACUAUGUCAUCGAUGAAAACAACCCCGAUCGUAUACCCACCGUCUCUGCUCGGGUAACAUCUCCUUUUGGGAACAAUCUUCACCACAAUGAAAAUGCAACUCACGGUCAGUUUGCAUUUACGACCAGUGAGUCAGGCAAUUAUCUAGCUUGUUUCUGGAAGGAUGGCAGCCAUAAACAAGAUUCUGAACUAACUUUAGGCAUUGACUGGAAAACUGGAAUUGCUGCCAAAGAUUGGGAGUCCGUUGCGAAGAAAGAGAAAAUAGAGGGUGUUGAACUUGUUCUCAGGAGACUUCAAGGAACAGUGGAAGCUAUUCGUGGUAAUCUAAUCUACCUCAAAGAUAGAGAAGCAGAUAUGAGAGAAGUAAGUGAAAUUACAAAUGCAAGAGUGGCAUGGUUCAGUAUCAUGUCCCUUGGGGUCUGCAUCACGGUUUCGGUUUUGCAGAUAUGGUACUUGAAGCGCUACUUUGUAAAGAAGAAGCUCAUCUAGAUUAUAUGCACAAAUAGUUUUGUGAAACAAAAGUUAAACCGUCCUGAAAAAAUGAAAGGAAUUCACUAAUUUCUUGCUGUUCCAUAGAGACUGACUAUCAUUUCCUGCUGAUUUGAGAAUGAAGAUGUGGUUUGUUGUUCAA